AUGCUGCACCUCAGCUUCACCCUGUUGCUUGCACUGGUCUUGGGGGACAGUCUCGGGGCCGCCUUCCCCCCGGACGCCCUGAAGAAGAGCUUCAGCCUGUCCAAGUAUCAGUUCCCCGUGCCGCACGAGCUCAAGGCUGUGCAGAAGAUGAAGGAGCAAUUUGAGGACAUCAUGCUGCUGUCGGACCGCAAAUGCAACACCAGGCUCUUCCAUCGGAAAUGGAACACGGCAGAGCUAUCGGUGGCCGACCGAGUGAUGCUGGUGGAGGCUGAGCUGGAACUCACCACCACCAUGUUGGAGCUCCCCGCCAUCCCCGCGUUCGCCGAGACGCGCCAGCGGCCGCUGACCUUCCUCACCCAAGUCCGGGAGGACCUGCGAGGCUGGAUGGCCACGGAGGCCCCUUCGCAUCAGCCCUCUGGGAAACUGAGGCACUGGCUGCAGAAGCUGCAGACGGCCAAGAAAACAGAGACCAUCGGCUGCCUGGAGGCCUCCGCCAUCCUCCACCUCUUCCAAGUGCUGAACGACCUGCGGUGUGCAGCCCUCCAGGAGCAGUGCACUUAG